GACCUGACAUGGGCCACAACCUUGCAUCCCACGAAGUGGGUAUUCACCCACGAAAGCUCAUGCUGCAAAACGUCUGUUAGUCUAUAAGGUGCCACAGGAUUCUUUGCUGCUUUUACAGAUCCAGACUAACACGGCUACCCCUCUGAUACUUAACCUCAGUCAGGGUCUGAGCAGCAUCCAGUGGGACCUGACCCCGGGCUCUAUGCGGCUCUGUGGGGCCCCGUCUCAGUCAGGGUCCAUGCAGCGCCUGGCACAACAGAACAGGGGCCCUACCCUGCUCUCAGUCAAGAUUAGCUGGGCGUAGUUGAUUUCAGUUUCUGCCCUUCAGACCCUACUUUAAACAACAAGUGCAUUGAAAUAGGUGUCUGCUUCCCUCUAGUGGUAGCUUGAUAUGAUGGGCCGUGUUAGUCUGUAUCAGCAAAAUCAACGAGGGGCCCUUGUAAUGUUAAAGUGCCAAUAGGCCGGUCCCGGCCUCUCGGCGCAGAGAGAGGCCGUCACGGUGGCAAGGUGGUGAUCUGAAAAGGGGGCCGGCCGAAUGCUGGAGGAGUGGGACCGUGAAAGGUGGAGUCGUGACAAGUAAAUGCAGUCCAGCCGGAAGUGACACCUCUGUGCAUGACUAUAAACAACGUUGUUGUUGAUGAGAUUUAGUUUCCGGCUAAAUUGUGCCCGCCACCCCCAUGGGCUGUAGGUGAUCCCCGAUGCUUCAGAGGAAAGCCAAAAAGCACCCCUGUCCCCGAUUGCAAUUGUGCCUCCAUGAGUUGAGUGCCUCCAUCGUUGUAAGGAUCUGCGUCCAAAUGCCUCCCGAGCCCUGUACAGUCCCUGUGCGCUCUACUCACCAUGCCUGUGGAGGAGUUUGUGGCUGGCUGGAUUUCAGGUGCGGCUGCAGACGCAGUCUGGCUAUCGGGGGAUCCUGGAUUGCGUAAUCAAAACGUACCGCAAUGAAACGGUUUGAGGCAGCACAUUUAUUAUUUGUAUUAGGGCAGUGCCAAGAGACCCCUGCCCAAGCUCAGAGGCUCCCCUCGUGCUGGGGGCUGCACAUCUGCCCCUGAUGGGGAUCAGCCCCCCCCAUGCUGUAUGCUAGGGGGAGCAGUGUGUGCGUACACAUGGGUGUCAGCCUUUGGAGAGGGGUUCCCCACUCACUCCCUCAUGCCGAGCCAUGAGUCACAUACGCUCAGGGCUGGUGUUGAUCCCUCCAUGGUGCCCUUUGCCUUGCAGGUCCUAGGCUUCUUUAAGGGGAUGAGUUUCCCACUGCUGAGCGUGGCCCUGGUGAACUCAGUGAUGUUUGGGGCCUACAGCAAUGCCCUGCUGUACCUGAGCGCCACCCAUCACCACGACCGCCAUGCCAACCCUCCCAGCUACGCCCACGUCCUCACCGCUGGCAGCUUCUCCGGCCUGAUGCAGGCUGUGGUCCUGGCUCCUGUUGACCUGAUCAAAGUUCGGCUACAGAACCAGCUUCACCCCUAUGGGCUGAAGAGUCUAGCGGGGGCCUCUGGAGCCCAGUACCGGGGCCCAGUGCACUGUGGUGCCAGCAUAUUCCGCGAGGAGGGGGUCAUGGGCCUGUUCCGGGGCACCUGGGCCCUGGUGCUGCGAGAUACACCCACUAUGGCCAUCUACUUCCUCACCUACACCAGCCUCUGCCAGGCCAUGACAGUGCAGGGGCGAGAACCAGGGCCAGUGACAGUUCUCAUAGCCGGGGGCUGUGCUGGCACCACCUCCUGGGUCUUCGCCACACCCCUGGACGUGAUCAAGGCCCGGCUCCAGAUGGACGGGGUGAAGGGAGUGUCCUACUGCGGGGUCUGGGAUUGCAUCCGCAUCAGCGUUCGGUAUGAGGGACCCCAGGUCUUCCUAAAGGGCCUUACCCUGAACAUUAUCCGUUCCUUCCCUGUCAACGCGGUGACCUUCCUGAGCUACGAGAACAUCCUGAAACUCAUCUGCUGAACCCCACCCUGCUCCCUGCAGCAUCAUGCACUGGGGAGCCAGCGCUGACUGCCAGGGGAGAGUGCCCCCAACUGAGCCCCCUGCCCAGCUCCCUGUAACAGAGCACCCCCUAGCAUUGUGCUGGAGGGAGGGAAGCUUAGUGAUUUGGCAUUGGCCUGCUAAACCCAGGGUUGUGAGUUCAAUCCUUGAGGGGGCCAUUUAGGGAACUGGGGUAAAAAAUCUAUCUGGGGAUUGGCCCUGCUUCGAGCAGGGGGUUGGACAAGAUGACCUCCUGAGGUCCCUUCCAACCCUGAUAUUCUAUGAAGGUCAGCACCGCCUGCGAGAGGAAGGCAGGAUUACCCCUCCUACAAUCUAUCCCCCAAGGUUAGGCUGUGUCCUAGAUCCAAAUGUCCUGAGUGACAUUGGUUCUCCCCACUUUCCAUGCAUCUUAGCACCUUGGGGAGAGGAACUGCCUGGUAGUGGUGAGGGGGAGGGGGAGUGAUUUGGGAGCUGGGGAUGAAAUAGAGGGAAUGAGAAAACUGAAGAGCUGGUCCGUGUGGGGGGGAUGGACGUGCUGCUAAAAAGCACAGAGCCAUGAGUUAAGCCUCCUGGGUUCUAUGCCAGAUCUAGGAGUAGAGUGGGAUUUGGGGGCUAGAGCGGGUGGGAGUCAAGACUGCUGGGUUCUUUUCCCAGCUCUGGGAGAGGAAUGGGGCCUAGUGGUGCAUGUCGGGGGAGGAGGGGCCAUAGGCAGAGCAGUGUCGGGGAAGGAGUUCUGGGAGUAGGAGGAUUUCUCCUUACCCAGCUAUAGCAUUUCCAUGGCAACAGAAAAUCUACUUAAUUCUCAUCAGUCAGCAAACUCUCUGCUGUUAGCCUGGCCCAGUCCAGUCUGACAGGCAGAGACCCUGCCACCGCCACCCUGGAGCAGGCUGCAAUGUGCAGGGACCAGUGGAGGCGAGCUAAACCUAUUCAGUGGUUUGAGCAUUGGCCAGCUAAACCCAGGGUUGUGAGUUCAAUCCUUGAGGGGGCCAUUCAGGGAUCUGGGGCAAAAAUCUGUCUGAGGAUUGUCCUGCUUUGAGCAGGGGGUUGGAC